CUAUGUAUGCGAUUCAGAUCGGUGCCGGACUGCUGCCUCCGGUGCUCGUGGGUGUCAUUUCAUACGUCACGUACGUGCCUCAGAGAUUGGGCUGUGCAUCGGCAGUCCUGUUCUUUUUUCUUCUGUUCCUCAUUCUUAUGACCAUCUCGUUCUUCGACACCAUAUAUCACGCCUAUCUCGAUCCCGGAGUACUUUCCAUUACCGAUACUCAAUCCCUAGAAAAACAGACAACUCCUCCUGUCGAAAAGAUCCGAGGCCUCCCCAGAAAGAUCCAUGCAGCACCCACACUGGAGUCAUUCCACGAACAAGCAUUUUACGAAUGCGACGAGUCCGGCCAACCACUAUGGUGUCAGCGCUGCAAACACUGGAAGCCCAACCGUGCACACCAUUCCAGAAUGCUGGACAGAUGUCUACUGAAAUUCGACCAUUAUUGUCCUUGGGUGGGUGGCUACACGACAGCAACGAAUUUCAAGACUUUUCUGCUGUUCUCCGUUUACGCAGCCAUGUUUUCUCUGGUUACUGUUAUCUCCAUAACCAUACCCUGGAACCAUGGCGCUUUUGACGGACACGAUGUGACUGGACAUCUGGGCGCGACCGUAGGCCUUGGUAUCUUCUUUGUAUGUCUGGCGGGAGGGACAGGAUUGAGCGCUGUACUCUUGACCUCUGCAAAUCUCACUACCAUCGACAAUGCAGUCGGUAAAAAGAAAGUGUGGCGGUUGGCAGUAAGAAUCAACGACGGUAUGAUGGGAGAAGAAAAAGCCAUUGCAACAGCUUUCUCCGGCAUCAGAACCUUUACUACCCGAACACAUACAUAUGCUAUCGUGGAGACAUUUCCAGGCGCAAACCCUUACGACUCUGGAUUGUUACGGAAUUGGAAACAAGUCAUGGGGCCGAGGUGGUGGGGUUGGGGUUUGCCUUUCGACUUGCAGAAAGAUGACGGGCAGAGUAAGACGACGGAAAUUACUCCUGCCGUUGCUGCAGCACUUGAGGAAGCAGGCUUACAAGAUAUGGACGCGGUCAUGAAGGAGAGAUGGAGCGAGAUGCAAUCAAGACAACGUGGAUUUUGGCAAUUGUUGGCUGCUGCGGGAGCGCCGUUGAAGACUUUUGCUACUUGGAAUCAGGCUAGAAAGGGGGCAUCUGAUGUUUUGAUGAUCACUCUUUUUUCUUCUAUCUCUGAUCUUUCGGAUCUACGACCAAGACAGCGCGUGCCUCCUCGACUGGUU